AUGGGCGGCAGGGGAAGGAAAUGGGCGGGCCAAGGCGGGACGCUCGGGAAGUCCCGGGAACCGGUCGAUUCUGGUCGCGCUACUUGGAAGGGAGCCGCAUUCAGAUAUGAGGCUCUGGGAAGCAGCUUCGUCCAUCUUACGCAUCAGUCCCUCCUUUCCUUGCUGCCUCCUGCAAAGAUUCACUUGUCGGAACCCGCUCACCCCAGCCUGGGCGGGUUCUUUCGUCACCCGUCUUUGGGCAGACCUGCCAGACUCGGUUUAGCGGCCGGGGUCAGGCCUGGCGGAGAGAACCCAGGCGCCCCCUGGCGGGCGUGGAGAAGGGGCGGAGCUGCAGGCCGCGCGCAGCGCGCUGUCCCAGGUCGGAAACCAGCGCCCCAAAGGAGGAGCGCGGCGCAGAGAUGCUGCCGACCGGAGCACCAACCGGGGAUUUACCCCGGGCUGGAGAAGUCUACACUGGGAGAGGCUGUGAUAAACCGAGUGUCUGACAAGCUGUCCCCCCUACACCAGUGCAUCUACUGUGCUCUCUCUGGUUCGGCUGCUGAUGCCCAGGCGGUGGCCGACAUGGCCACUUACCAGCUGGAGCUCCAUGGCUUGAAACUGGAAGAACCUCCUCUUGUUCUGGCUGCUGCAAACGUGCUGAAGAAAAUCGUUUAUAAAUACCGGGAGGACCUAUCUGCACAUCUUAUGGUACCUGGCUGGGAACAUGAAGGGGGCCAGGUAUAUGGCACCCUGGGAGGAAUGCUGAUCCGACAGCCCUUUGCCAUUGGUGGUUUUGGCAGCACCUACAUCUACGGUUAUGUGGAUGCAGCAUAUAAACCAGGCAUGUCCCUGGAGGAGUGCAGGCGCUUCAUCACGGAAGCUAUUGCUCUGGCCAUGAGCAGGGAUGGCUCUAGUGGGGGUGUCAUCUACCUGGUCACUAUUACAGCUGCUGGUGUGGACCAUCGAGUAAUCCUGGGCAAUGAGCUGCUGAAAUUCCAUGAUGAGUAACACUUCUCACACUUCGUUUCUUUACUUUGUAAUAAACUUUCUUGGACUAGAACCCUGGUAUCGUCAAUG